AUGGCGAACUACGGAUGGCUGUACGGACUCAUCGCGACGUACGGAUGCGCAUCGGGUGGAGCGGCGUGGUUCGCGUACGCGCGGAACAAGGCGGCGGCGAACGACGCCGGGGACGCGAUGCGUAACCACUUCGGGGCGGGACGGGGUUUAGGCGGCGUCGCGCUCUUCUUCACCCUGUCCGCCUCGCUCUUCUCGGCGUAUUCCGUGGAAGGGAUCGCCUGGGAGGCGUGGUUCAAGGGAUGGUUCGCUACUCGAUGGAUUCCCGCUGGGGUCGGGGUGUACAUGGCGUUUCUCGUGCUCGCCCCGAGGUUGCACGCGCUCGGAAAGGCGCGAGGGUACCUGACGCUAAGCGAGGUCGUGUACGAUCGGUUUUCGGCGCCGAACUCUCGGUCACAGCUCACCGCGCACGCCUUGAGAGUGAUAACCUGGGGAUGCCUGUUACUUCCGAUUUUCACGUAUCAAAUUUCGCAAUUCGUGUCGAUGGGCAAAAUCGUCGAGGCGUUCACGGCGGGAGCCAUUGGAGAGACAGGCGGGAUCUUGAUCUUCGCCCUCAUCAUGAUCGUUGUCGAAGUCGUCGGUGGUCUCCGCGCCGUCGCGUAUACUGACGUCAUUCAAGGGGUCAUGCUCAUCGCUGGCUCGUUGAUCUUCUUCAUCGCCAGCGGUGUUGAGUUCGGUGGGUUGAAGCGGGCAAAGGAGUACUUCGUCGAGAUUGACAAGUUCCAAAAGAUCCCGAAGACGGAUGGAUCUUGGUCGAUAAUCUCCUACACCUCUUUCACACUCCGAGUGGCGGUGGCGGCGACCAUGUUUCCACAUCUUGCGAUGCGACUGUUCGUCGCGAAGGAUCGAAAGAUGCUUCAACGCGGGUUGGCCGGGAUGAACUUUACGUUCUUCUGGGUCCAGCUAUCCACCAUGAUCGCCGGUUGGACCGCUGUGUACGCGCUUCGCGGUCAGACUGGUCUGGCGGACAUCGUCAAUCAGCAGUCUAUAUUCGGUAAACUUGCACUUCAGCUGAAGAAUGCGAGCGCGUUUGGCGACUUCGCAGCGUCGCUCUUGGUACUCGCAGCCUUCGCCGCAAUGAUCUCCACCGCUGACUCUGGUUUGCUGGCCUUCAGCACGAUGUUCAUUCGGGAUAUUUACGAGCCGUACGCUCAGAAGAUUUUCGGUCCCAAGGCACCAGUCGAUCCGAGCGCUCUCCGAGUCGUCGGUCUCAUAUCUUCUCUCUCUGCGCUCGCCAUUGGUCUAUCGCUGUCCAUCUUGAACAUCCGAGAGGGCAAGCCUGACAUCACCGGUCUGUUCUCUAUCCAAACUGUCACGCCGAUUCACGCCAUCCCAGCCGUCUGGGGCGGUCUGCACUUGCACUGGUUAUCGGGUGAGGCUGUCUUGGCCGGAAUGGUUGCUGGGAUUGUCUCCGGUUUGGCCUUCGUCCUGGACACUGGGUUCAACGUCAAGAGGAACCUCGGUCUCGACGAGCACUCGAGCGGAUGGAACACGUGUGUCUUCGCCUUUUUGAUCAACAUCGGAGUCGUCUUGGCGUACACCAUGGUCGAGAGGUUCGUAUUAGCGCCCAGCGCUGCGUCACCAGUCGUCGAGAAGAACUCCGAAUCGAAGGGCGGUCGAGGUCGUCCGCUCUUCAUCGGUAAGAAGGUUGACAAGAUGCUCUCCAACCCGAUUCCGUGGUUCUUUAUGAUGCUCACCCUUCUCGCGGCAUGCCCGUUCUGGUAUGGUCCUGAUUCGAAGGUGAAAUACGUCGGAAGCAUGGCAACUUGGGCGUUCACGAGCCUGUUCUUCUCCUUCGUUCUCGCGAUGGAAGUCUCCCUGAUGUAUAUCUUCAGGUGGGAAGACUUUGAACUGCCCGAAGAAAACGAAGAUGCGCCAACCAAGGGCGCGGCAGGCAAAGUCUGA